UUUUCCCCAUAAAAUGUUAUUCAUUCUCUCUCUCUGAGUUUUCUUCUUCAUCAUCACACCUCUCUCUCUCUCUAUCUCUAACGGCAGAGCUGACUCAGUUCCUCCGGCAUUGACUGAGAAUCAGAAACCUCCCACGCUUCCCUCAGAUCGAUUCUUACUUAAAAAAGGAGUUAUGAUCGCAGCACUGCUUUCAAAUGUUUGGUCUUUAACAAAUUUGUGAAGAGAGAGAAUGAAGUCAAGGGAUGGUUUUGUCCCACUCCCUUUGGAGAAUAAUCAAUUCAUGGCUUCUUGGACUCCUGUUACUCCCAGGAAACCCAUGCAAGCUAGAUCAACUCUUGUUGCAGAUCCUAACUCCACAGGGCUGCUGAGCGAUGAGCUUUUGAGCAGGAGCAGUUUUGCUUCUUCUCAACCUGCCUAUAAUGUGUUUGAACUGGACGACUUGUUGGAUAACGAUCAGAUGCCCUUCUCCUUCACUACCCUCCUCAGUGGUGGAGAUCAUCUCUUCCAAUGUGGAACUCCAGCGAGUAGCAAACCUCUUUACAAUUUGAAUUUUCCACCUACAAGAGAAGAAGAACAAGUUGGGUAUAUCUGUGAAAGUUCUGUUCAAUCUGUGCCUUCAACGCCUAAUCUGUGCAGAACAGGAGGUCGAGAUAAUGGAUUCCUGGAAGCUAUUACGACAAACACUGGGCAGAUACCUGACAACGGCAUACACAGCGUUGUGGCCUCCUCGUCUGUUGUUAAGGAUGGCAGCAGACAAAAUGAUCUGGGGUUUGAUCUUAACCAGACACCUCAGCAGAAACCCUCCAAAAAGAAAAAGAAGUUUAUGCCUAAGGUGUUUGUGAAAGGCAAACUUAUCAGGAAGCCACGCAAACCUGCAUCUCAGGAAGCUGUGAAACCUAAAGCAACCGGGACUGGCAAAAGGAAGAAAGCUCAGAAGACAAACUUGAAAGAAUCAGAAGCUAACAAGCCAGCCAUCGGUGGAGAUAUGAGCAACACGAGCCUUGAAAUCACACGGAAAAGUUGCAGAAAAGCUUUAGCUUUUGACUUGGAGAAAACUGGAGACGUGGGGCUAGAUGACUCCGAGCCUGAAAUUUUGGAGAACACUAGUGGUUCAAACUCAUUUACCGAGACCAGAGGUGUCGCUGGUGGAACAAGCGGUAGCUGCCUGGAUUCAGUAACACAAGUAGACCAGACCAAUGGAUUGGCGGCUGCGAACCAGCCAAGAGGAUCAGAAGUAAACCAUUCUCGAAUUCCGGCGAGAGACCAACAACCUGGAUUGUUUACUGGAAACCAGCAACGCCAGUUCCCAAUGGGAAACGAACAAGCUUGGCUUCAGAUGAGAAAUCAACUCUGUGGCUUUCCAGUCGGUAACCAGCAGCCACGCUUGGCCUUGGGUAACCAACAACCUAUGUAUCUGAUGGGAACCCCACGAUCUGCAUUGGCGAGUAGAAACCAGCAACCAGGAGGUCCCCAAAGGAACAACCAGCCUCUAUUUCUGAAUCAGCAAACACAUCAGACUUGCCUACCUCCUGGAAAUAGACAAUAUGGAUUACCGUCAGACAUGCAGCAGACUUGCUUACCUGCUGGAAAUAGACAAUAUGGAUCACCGUCAGGCAUGCAGCAGACUUGCUUACCUGCUGGGAAUAGACAAUAUGGAUCACCGUCAGACAUGCAGCAGCUUGCUAUGUCACCCAGGGGGCAACACCAUGGGAUGCUGCUGGAUAACCUUAGAUCUCAACUUCUGAUGAGAAACCAGCAACUUGUUUCACCAAUGAGAGGCCAGCAGCCUUGCGUACCUUUGAUGAACCAGCAACCUGGAGCUCCUAAAGGUUUUACUCACUCCAAUCAGAUGGUAGCUGGCUGCAUGCCAUCCUCUGGGCUUCGAUCUCAUCCUCAAUCACAAACUCCGGCAACAAAUCUGUAUAUGGGAUCUGUUUCCAGGACUUCGAAUGGGACUGCAGGGACAUGGCAAAGAAGCAGCAUUGCUGAAUACGGUUCUUUACCUCAAGAUUUUCACCAAGGAAAGCAGUGCAUCCCAUCUCAAGAGAGAUCCUAUGCUGAAUAUUUUGACGUACGCAAUAAAGCCUUAUCUCAAAACUCUUCUUUGCCAACUCCAGAAGCCAGGGGUUCGAAGAGACAGCAUGAUCUCGCGAUGGGACGUAUGCAAAACUCAGUAGCUCAAUGGCCCUUGCUCCAACAGAUUGCUCAACCACAAAAUGUGGAGAGACAGAACAGUAGCGGGAGUGCGAAACAUUUAGAUGCUGCAAAGAAAAUGAAAAUCCAGAAAGCAGUACAAGAAAAACUGAACGGCGUGGCUCCUGAGGUAAUAGAUAUCGAGGAUGAUCCAACUGAUGGCGAAAGAAAAGACAAAAGUGGUGUCCUAAAAGCUCCCGCAAGAAAGGGCCAGGGAGGGAGAAAGAAAGCAGUACCUCCACCUGCCCAUAAUACCUCAGAGAUUUCCAGUCUAGUUCAAAAUUCUGCAGAUAGUGAGAAAUGUAUUGUCCCGAAAACUCCGGCAAGAAAGGGCCCUAGAGGGAGAAAGAAAACAGUACCUCCGCCACCCCAUGCCUCAGAGAUCCAGGUUUACAAACCUACUCCAGCCAAGGCACCUUCAUCAAGAAGUAAGGCUAAAGAGAAAGGGACGAAGUCCAAACAAGAUUCAGGAAAAGCAAGAGGUCAAUCAGGAGAACUUCUACGUGAAGAUUGUAUUGCAGAAAUAAUAUACAGGUUGCAGAAUCUAUAUAUAGGAGAAGAAAGCAGAGAACAAGAGCAGAAUGCACUUGUCGUCUACAGAGGAGAUGGUGCAGUUGUUCCAUAUGAGGCCAAGAAGAAAAAACCAAGGCCUAAAGUUGACCUUGAUGAUGAAACAACUCGAAUAUGGAAUCUUUUGAUGGGGAAAGAAGAAAAAGAGGGCGAUGAAGAGAUGAAUAAGAAAAAAGAGAAGUGGUGGGAAGAAGAGAGAAAUGUUUUCCGAGGAAGGGCCGAUUCAUUUAUUGCCCGUAUGCAUCUUGUGCAAGGAGAUAGACGUUUUUCGCCAUGGAAGGGAUCGGUGGUUGAUUCGGUCAUUGGAGUUUUCCUUACGCAGAAUGUCACAGAUCACCUUUCAAGCUCUGCUUUCAUGUCUCUAGCCGCACGAUUCCCUCCAAAAUCAAGCAGCAAACGAGAAGAUGAAAGGAAUAUUAGAAGCGUAGUUGUUGAAGAUCCAGAAGGAUGUAUUCUCAACUUAAACGACAUCCCUCCGUGGCAGGAAAAGGUUCAAACUUCGUCUGACACGCAAGUUUCUGGGGUUGAUAGUGGAUCAAAAGAGCAGCAAAGGUACUGUUCAAAUUCUGGAAUCGAAAGAUUUAGUUUCUUAGAGAACAGUAGUCAGAACUUAGAAGAGGAAGUGUUAUCAUCACAAGAUUCCUUUGAUCCUGGGAGUUGGCCAUUUCAAUCGUCCGGGAGAGUUGGAUCCUGUUCAGGUUCCAAAUCAGACGCAGAGUUUUCUACAACCAGAUCUGAAACAAAGAGUGCAAGUGGAUCAGCACUAUCAGUGCAAAUUGGGAGUCCAAACUUGUCUGAUGAAAGAUCGCUUCUGCAUCAAGAAUCUGGUGAUGUUCAAAUACAAGAAACUUCAAAUGUUGCUCAGAAGAAACCUGACAUGACGGCAGAUUUGGUAGAUAUAGAAGACUUUGGAAUGAACUUUGUACCAACAAAUUUCACCAUGGAACGUGAGAUGAAAGGAACCCUUGCUGCUGGGAAAAACCCUACAAGCCAAUGGGAUAGCCUUAGAAGAGAUGUGCUGGAGAAACAAGGGAAAAAAGAAAGAAGCAAAGAGAGCAUGGACUCUAUAGAUUAUGAAGCCAUUAGACGUGCUAGCAUCCAUGAAAUUUCUGAUGCUAUCAAAGAAAGAGGAAUGAAUUACAUGCUAGCUGUAAGGAUUAAGGAUUUCCUUGAAAGGAUAGUCAAGGAUCACGGUGCUGUCGAUCUUGAAUGGCUAAGGGAUGUUCAUCCUGAUAAAGCAAAGGACUAUCUCUUGAGCAUAAGAGGAUUGGGUUUGAAAAGUGUAGAAUGCGUUAGACUCUUGACACUCCACAAUCUGGCUUUCCCUGUUGACACAAAUGUCGGAAGGAUAGCCGUUAGGCUUGGAUGGGUGCCUCUACAACCUUUACCUGAAUCACUUCAACUACACCUUCUUGAGCUAUACCCAGUGCUUGAGUCCAUCCAAAAGUUUCUUUGGCCAAGACUUUGCAAACUCGAUCAACCAACUCUGUAUGAAUUACACUACCAGUUGAUUACGUUUGGAAAGGUAUUUUGCACGAAGAGUAAACCAAACUGUAAUGCAUGUCCCAUGCGAGGAGAGUGCAGGCACUUUGCUAGUGCUUAUGCUAGUGCAAGACUUGCGUUGCCGGCACCAGAGGAAAAGAUCUUAACCACUGCAACUAUCCCAGUCCCUCACCAAUCCUUUUCUCCUGCACCCAUCCCGAUGAUGGAACUACCUUCUCCUCUGGAUAGUUUUCUAACAAGGGAAGCACCAUGGAAUAUAGGAAGCUCGGAACCCAUAAUAGAAGAGCCUGCUACGCCCGAGCAAGAAUGCACUGAGAUAACAGAGAGUGACAUUGAAGAUGCUUACUACAACGAGGACCCUGACGAGAUUCCAACGAUUGAACUCAACAUUACGCAAUUCGGCAAGACGCUUAAGGAACACAUGAAGAGAAACAUGGAGCUCCAAGAAGGUGACAUGUCAAAGGCUUUGGUUGCUUUGGAUCCAUCCACAACUUCAAUUCCAACUCCCAAACUAAAGAACAUUAGCCGUCUCAGGACAGAGCACCAAGUGUACGAGCUCCCGGAUUCACAUCGUCUCCUUGCUGGUAUGGACAAAAGAGAACCAGAUGACCCAAGUCCUUAUCUCUUAGCUAUUUGGACACCUGGGGAAACGGCUAAUUCGGCUCAGCCGCCUGGACAUAAAUGUGGAGGGCAAGCGUUUGGCAAAAUGUGCUUUGACGAGGCUUGUUCAGAGUGCAACAGCGUGAGGGAAGCGAAUUCACAGACAGUUAGAGGAACUCUUCUGAUACCUUGUCGAACUGCCAUGAGAGGAAGCUUUCCCCUUAAUGGCACAUAUUUUCAAGUGAACGAGUUAUUUGCAGACCAUGAUUCCAGUCUCAAACCCAUCGAUGUUCCUAGAGAAUGGAUAUGGGAUCUACCAAGAAGAACUGUUUACUUCGGGACAUCGGUAACAUCAAUAUUCAGAGGUAUGUCGACUGAACAAAUUCAGUACUGCUUCUGGAGAGGAUUCGUCUGUGUACGAGGAUUCGAACCCAAGACCAGAGCACCUCGACCGCUGAUGGCGAGGUUGCAUUUCCCGUUAAGCAAAUUGAAGAAGAACAAGACCUGAAAGAUCAACGGGUUAAAUAAACAGCAUCACUUCUCUUUUCUCCCCUGAAUAAAAGUCAAGCAAAAGACUCAUCUAGACAUAAAACAGAACACCAAAUAGUUUUAUUCUGCCUUCAUUCAUCAGAGAAACAAAAAGAAGUUAGCAAAUACCAAAAGAAGUUAGCAAAUGCCAAAGGAAGAUUCGUAGGUUCUUUUUAAUUUCUCUCUAACAGAUUGUAGCAUUCGUGCAGAUUGAAACGCAUCGUUUAGAUAUGAAUGCGUCUUUCUACCGUCAGUUAAUGCAUCUUCCAUUCUUUUA